AUGCCAAUCCAACAUUCACCGAAAAAGACGAACCAAAACGAAGGAGAAUCUGAAAUUUUCCGAGGAUUUCCCGACGAACCCGAUAGGAACAAAUCAAUCAUGGAUAACAUUGCUGCCGAUGCGAAAACCAUUUCGCAACUGAACCCGCUUUUUCGACUACGUAGACAGACACUUCUGAAAAUUACACGUAUCAAAUCGAUCAUCGACAAUGCCGAUAUUCCAGUUACCCUGGCGCAGCUGAGAGUGUAUGCGCGAAAACUCCAAUCAUUAUAUGACGAGUUCUCCGGCUUCCACAAUCAAAUUUUGGCCAUCAUUCCUGAUGAGGAAAUCGAAAAUCAAGAAGCAGAAUGUCAGCGGUUUGAAGACAUUUAUGACUUGACAUCUACUAUCAUCGAGCAUUCGCUUAUGCAAAACAACGUAGCAGACAUUGCGCAGGCAGUGCCGCCACAAGUUAUCAUCCAUCAGCAACCAUUAAAAGCUCCAAUUCCAACGUUUGAUGGAGACUAUACAAAAUGGCCGAAGUUUAAAGCCAUGUUUUUAGAUGUGAUGGCCCAAUCCCGAGAUACGGAUGCGAUUAAGUUGUAUCAUCUUGACAAGGCGUUGAUUGGAUCAGCUGCUGGCGUAUUGGACUCCAAAACAAUAAAUGAAGGAAACUAUACGAAAGCAUGGAACAUCCUUACGGAACGCUAUGAAAAUCGGAGAGUGAUUAUCGAAACACAUAUUCGUGGUCUUCUACAACUGCAAAAGAUGUCUACAGAAUCGAACAUUGAAUUACGCAAACUGGUCGACGAAUGCAAUAAGCACGUGGAGAGUCUAGAAUACAUGGAACAAGAGUUACUAGGCAUGUCCGAGCUGAUAAUAAUUUACCUACUGACAGCAGCACUCGAUAAGACGACCCGGAAACAUUGGGAGCAAACCUUGAAACCCGGUCAACUACCGAAAUAUAAGACGACGAUCGAAUUUUUAAAAUCUCAGUGUCAAGUAUUAGAGCGAUGUGAAGCUGCUUUUUCCUUGCCAAUCCCAAAACCGUUUGUUUCUAAAUCAGGAACUCAAAUUAAAAUAAACAACCAACGAACGCAUGCUGCAGUAUCCGACGAAAAUUACACAAAUGAAAAAUGUGAUUUUUGUGCUGCACUUCACCGGAACUAUCAGUGCGAUAAACUGAACGCGUUAUCGAGUGCAGAAAAAAUGAAUAAGAUCAAAUCAACCGGAGUUUGCUUUAAUUGUCUACGCAAAGGACAUAUUUCAAAGAAUUGUCCAUCGUCGAAAACAUGUCGCAUAUGCAAAAAACGACAUCAUACGCAGUUGCAUGAAGACGUUAGUCCGAUGCAAAAUUCCGAGACUAUCAGAAACGAAAACAUAACGGUAAGAAACCAGCCCACCAACGAUAAACCGUCAACAAGCAACGAGAACCAAAUGCCAGUAUCUACAUGUUCCUGUAAUAGUGCCCGUGUAUCGAAGACAGUACUACUGUUGACAGCUGUUGUCCUGGUCACCGACAAGAAUGGAAGACAGCAUUCCUGUAGAGCUCUUUUAGAUAGCGGUUCGCAAGUGAACUUCGUUAGUGAAAGAUUUGCCAACGUACUGGAAAUUCCGAAGCAGCGAGUUAACAUUGCCAUUGCUGGUAUUAGCAGCCUGAAGACAACCGCCCACGAGAAGAUUAUUGUAAAGUUCCAAUCUCAGUACAGCAGUUUCCAAGCAUCAUUGGAAUGUUUGAUCACUCGAAAGGUGACAGGAAAAAUCCCUUCAAUGGACAUUGAUAUUACGGACUGGAAUAUUCCCAGUGGAAUUCAACUUGCAGAUCCCAUGUUUUACAAAUCGAACACAAUAGAUAUUCUGAUUGGAGCCGAAUUGUUUUUCAAAUUAUUGAAGCCGAACCAGUUAGUGUUGGAAGACGGACUUCCCGAAUUGCGUGAUUCCCACCUCGGUUGGAUCGUAACAGGUUCAAUCAGUGCCGAUAACAACGUGCAGUAUUCACAGAUCGCCUCUAUACAGUCGAUUGAGGACUCGAUCGAGAAGUUUUGGCAAAUCGAAGAGCUACAGGACGAUCCGAAACCAACUACCGAUGAACAACGAUGUGAGGAACAUUUUUCCGUUACACAUUCCCGCGACGAAACCGGAAGAUUCGUAGUGAGACUUCCAUUCAAGGACAAUGUAAACGAAUUAAUUAGUUGCAGAGAAUUGGCCCUGAAACGCUUUUAUAUGUUAGAGACCAAACUACAACGAAACCCAGAUCUGAAGAGUCAAUACAUCGAUUUUGUACGCGAAUAUCAGCAGCUAGGCCACUGUAAGGAAGUGGACGAAACCAAAGAUAAGCGACCACUUAAUCCGUAUUUUAUGCCACAUCAUGCUGUGCUCCGUCCCGACAGUUCUACUACAAAAUGUAGAGUGGUGUUUGAUGCCAGUGCCAAACCAUCAUCUAGUGACCUUUCACUCAACGAUGUCCUUUUGGUAGGACCAGUCGUGCAAAAUGAAUUACUGGCAAUCAUCUUGAAGUUCCGGAAACAUAAAUAUGUGUUUACGGGCGAUAUUACGAAAAUGUACCGACAGAUUCGUGUGCAUCCUAAUGACACUCAUUACCAGAGAAUUUUUUGGCGAGAAAAUUCAUCCGACCCAGUAAAGGUAUUGGAGCUGACAACAAUAACGUAUGGUACUGCCUCUGCACCGUUUCAAGCCACUAGAUGUCUGAUACAGCUUGCAAAAGAAGAAGAAUCGAAUUUUCCCAUAGCAUCCAAUAUCAUUCGCAAGGACUGUUAUGUUGACGACGUGAUAUCUGGAGCAGAUACAUUCGAAGAAGCUAACGAAGCUAUCAAUCAACUGAGAAGAAUGCUAGCGAAAGGUGGUUUUCCAAUUCGCAAGUGGUGCUCCAAUUCAACACAACUAUUGCACAAUUGUCCUAUUGAAGAACAAGAAACGCUGAAGCCCUGGAAAGACCGAUCCAUCAAUAGUGUGACUAAAAUACUUGGUCUGACGUGGAACCCGUUAUCCGACGAACUGCUGAUUGCUGGUGAGUUAGAACAUAUUGAAGAUCAAAAACGACGAACUACGAAACGACGAAUAUACUCCGAGGUAGCAAAGCUGUAUGAUCCAUUGGGAUUAUAUUCCCCAACAGUUGUGUUAGCUAAACUACUCGUGCAACAGCUUUGGAAAUGUAAGAUCGGCUGGGACGAUUCAGUCGAAGAAUCAUUCGUUCAACAAUGGUGCAAUAUAAAACAAACUCUUCCUCAUCUUAAGAAAAUAACGAUUCCUCGUCAAGUGACAUACAACGGAGCUAUUGAUUUUGAGUUGCAUGGCUUUGCAGACGCCUCCAAUUUAGCUUAUGGCGCAUGUGUAUACGUGCGAAGUUUGUUUCCCGAUGGCUCAGCAAAAUGUCGACUGUUGAGUUCAAAAUCGAAGGUCGCCCCGCUACACGAAUUGACGAUUCCACGCAAGGAAUUGUGCGCCGCGUUACUGCUGACACGACUGGUGAAGAAGAUUAUUGAUGCUGUAGAAAUGAACUUUUCUCAGAUAAUGUUGUGGACUGACAGCCAAAUUGUACUUGCUUGGCUGAAGAAAAAUCCCGACCGAUUGCAAACCUUCGUCAAAAAUCGCGUGAUGGAAAUCCGCAAUGGUUCGGGAGAGUAUCAAUGGAACUAUGUGAAAUCGUGUGAUAACCCAGCAGAUGUGGUGUCCCGAGGCCAACUACCAACGAUCCUUGCACAGAACGACAUGUGGUGGAAUGGUCCCAAUUUCCUUACCACAUCAACCAUCAUUUUUGAAACACUGAACGACGUCCCGGAAGAAGAUUUACCUGAAAUGAAACCAGUGAUCAUGAGUCAUUCAGCAACAAUAUUGGAAUUGCUUCCGGUAUUUAGCAAGUACAGUUGUUUCCGAAAGCUGCAAAGAGUGAUCGGUUGGAUUUUACGAUUCAAAAAUAACUGUCAUCAAAAGAACAAUCAUAUCAUUCAACGCCAUUUGACAGUAGCAGAAAUUCGAGAGUCAACGACAACAAUCAUACGAGUGAUUCAGCAUAUAGAGUUUGGAGAUGAAAUUCGGCGUCUCAAGUCUGGUCUCCAAUGCAAGAUUCUUGGCCCUCUCAAUCCAAUUUAUGCCAACAAUUUACUACGUGUGGGUGGAAGGCUGAAAAACUCCAAUUUAAAAAAUGAAUCAAAACAUCAACUCAUCCUUCCGAACAAGAACAUUGUGACUGCACUAAUAAUUAGAACAAUGCACAACGAACUUCUGCACAUUGGAGUUUCAGGGUUGGUAUCAGCAACUCGACAGCGCUUCUGGAUUAUCAACGUUCGUUCAACGGUAAGACAAAUCAUAAGAAGCUGCGUGAAAUGUUUCAGAACUAAUCCAACUGGUGUUUCUCAAUUAAUGGGAGACUUGCCGAAACAAAGAGUAUCACCUGCCCCUCCGUUCAAUAUCACUGGUGUAGACUACGCCGGUCCUGUUAUGGUAAAGCAAGGAAAGUAUAGACCCAAGAUUGUGAAAGCGUACAUCUCAGUUUUUGUUUGUAUGGCGACAAAGGCCAUUCAUCUAGAGCUGGUAUCAGAUCUCACGACAGAGGCAUUUAUUGCAGCCCUUCAGCGCUUCGUAGGACGAAGAGGAAUGGUGUCAGAGCUGCAUUCUGACAACGGUUCAAAUUUUCGAAGUGCUUCCACCGAGCUUCACAAAUUGUUUCGCUUGUUACAGGAUCAAAAUGAAGUCAACCAAAUAGAGAAGUUUUGCCUGAAACGAGAAAUGAAAUGGCAUUUCAUUCCGCCAGACGCUCCCGAAUUCGGUGGCCUCUGGGAGGCAGCCGUAAAAAGCACAAAGACACACCUGAAGCGAGUUCUUGGAAAUGCUUUGUUAACAUUCGAAGAAAUGGCUACUAUUCUAUGCGAAAUUGAAGCCAUCCUUAAUUCAAGACCACUAUUUGCUAUCUCUAACGACCCAACGGAUCCGGAAGUUAUCACGCCAGCACAUUUUCUCAUAGGUAGGCAGUUAACAGCUGUACCAGAACCAUCAUACACAAAUGAAAAAAUUGGUCGACUCAACCGUUGGCAGCACAUUCAACUGAUGCGCCAACAUUUUUGGAAUGCUUGGUCAAAUGACUAUCUCAACAGCCUACAACUUCGUAAGAAAAAUUGGAUCACUUCAGAAAACAUACAACCAGGAAUGAUAGUGCUUUUACAAGAUAAGAAUCGUCCACCACUUCAGUGGAAGUUGGGUCGAAUAGUAGCAGUUCAUCCUGGAUCUGAUAACUUAAUUCGCGUUGUGGAUGUCUGCAGUGGAGGUACAAGUUAUCGCCGUCCCAUCACCAAACUUUCAGUUUUGCCCAUUGAAGUCAAUCAACGCGAACCGGAGAGCAGUGAAACAUAA